UCGACAACAGCCUCUUUCCCCAAUUAAGCAGCAUCUUGUCCCAAUUAAGCACAGGGAAUCCGAGCUAUUUUCUUGAUUUGUUUUUGUUCUUUAAGAGUUAUCCAAAUAAGUGGCUGUCCUGAUUAACCAGUCCCAAUUAAUGAACCCACAGUAUAUAUGAUUUAUGUUUUGUGAUGUGCUGCUGGCACAAAACAGCAACCAAGAAUCAGGGUGACUGGUAUGAAGGUAUGAAUACGACUAUCACUGCUCCCUGCCCAGUGGACUGUGUGUUGGGGGGCUGGGUGAUCAGUCCAGGUCACAGGGUGUCUGUUCUCAUUGAUCUGUCUGACAGAACCAUGCGUCAGGAGGACAGAAGCUGCAGCUCUGCUACGUUCACUUGGAGCUGGGACUCUGUAGAAACGGACUCAUUGAUGACGGUGAUGGGUGUCCGCCUGAUUGAGGACAACACGAAUGCUGCAGGGGAGGACCCUCAUCACUCUCCUCCCAACAAACGACCCAGGCACUGCCAGGGGAAGGAAAACCAGCCACACAACUUCCUGGUGUCAAGGAGGUUUCGCAAAGCAGACUGUUCAUCAGGUGUGAGUCGCUCCUGGGAGGAGUUGCCCGAUGAGCUGCUGUUGGUCAUUUUUCACUCUCUGUCAAUGCCUCAGUUGUUGAAGGUUUCGCAGGUCAGCAGGCGAUGGCAUCGACUGGCGUUUGACAAGUCCCUGUGGUACAGUGUGGAUCUGAGCAAGGCAAGUCUGCCCUCGGGUACUCUGGGCCGAGUGCUGGGGACUGGAGUGGUGGUCCUCAGGAGUCCUCGCUCCUUCCUUGGAGACCCCAUCUUCAAGGAUGACAGAGUGCUCCCUCUGCAGCAGCUUGACCUGUCUCACUGUGUGACCAGCUCCUCUGCCAUCUUCCAAAUUCUGUGGCGCUGCCACCAGCUCCUGGGGCUCAGUCUGGAGGGGCUGUUGCUGUCCGACGAUGUCAUCAGGGCUGUUGGCCACAGUGAGAAACUGCUCCGGCUCAAUCUCUCCAGCUGUUCCCGGUUCGGGCCUGACUCCCUCAACCAGAUGUUGAACAGCUGUUCCAGGCUGGAUGAGCUGAAUGUCUCAUGGUGUGAGUUUGGGCUGGAGCAUAUACAGGUGCUGGUCACACAUGUACCCAGCACUGUGACACAGCUUAACAUCAGUGGCCACAGGCACUGCCUCCGGAACACUGAUGUGGAGGUUCUGUGCCAGCGAUGCCCACAGAUCACCAACCUGGACAUGAGUGACAGCACGAUGCUGACGCCUGGAUGUUUCCCUGCUCUCUGUCAACUCUCUCACCUCCAGCACCUGGGCCUCAGCAGAUGCCAUGAGAUCCCUCCAGCAGCUCUUGUGGAGCUGAGGGAGAUCAUCUCGCUGAAAACGCUGAGUAUUUAUGGGCUGGUGCGAGACUCCACACUCAACGUGAAGGAGCUGAUUCCUCAGAUUAAGGUCAACGCCUUUCCUCUGACAAGCAUCGCUCGGCCAACUCCAGGUCAUGGCAAAAGUCGGACCAUCUGGGGCAUUACCUGUAGGCUGGAGAUGCGCACCCUCUGAGCACUUGGACUAUUCUAAUGCACACUACAGCAGAGAUCCCAGGGCCUGCGAUUGUUUGUUGGGAUGGAUGCCUAUUGUAUGAAAACCGGACAGAAUAGGAGCUUGUGUUAACCAGGAAUUGGGAAGCAAAGGAUUGUACAGGAGCUACUGAGGCAGGCAACAGAAGCUUUUAACAGUGACUACAAGGCACAGGUAGUGUAGGUGCCAAGUUCUGCAAGAAGCCCAACAAACAGGACAAGGUGAUAGAGCACACAGCUGUUACCGGAAUGGAGUUGGAGAAAAGAUCUAUCCUGAGCCGUGAAUGAGCACCGUCAACCCCUCGUGUACAGACUGCAUCAGUGGUUACAGUUCCUGUUUCAUGUGGUCAAUAAAUACUUGGAAUGUUUGUUUAUCUGUGGAAGAUAUGUGGCACUCACAGUAGUUCUUCCCUCACAUGCUGGGAGACCUCAGUGCUGGGGGUGUCAGUGGUCCAGACUGUGGGACACGAAGGUGAACCUGAAUUAUAGUCAUGAGCACUGCAGCACAGAAACAGGCCUUCAGAACAUCUAGUCUAUGCCCACCUAGUCUCAUUCCCCCUCACCUGGACCAAAUCCCUCCCAGCAAGGUACCUAUCCAAAUUUCCCUUUAAAAUGUUCACCAGAAACAUCCACCAGAAUGCUGGCAGCUUAUUCUACACUCACCAUCCUCUUUACCCAUGACUUCUAGUCUCACCCAACCUGAAAAAGCUGCUUACAUUUACUGUAUCUAUAUUCCUUUAUCAAAUCUCCCUUCCUUCUUCAAUGCUCCAGGGAAUAAAGUCCUAAUCUAUUUAAUCUUUCCCUAUAACUCAGACCCAGUAAUAUCCUUGUAAAUUUUCUCCUCUCUGCAAGAUCCAAUUAAAGGUGUUAAGUAGUAAUGGGGCUAACUGUGUCUUCAGGGACUUGUACCACUCUGAGGUAAACCCAUCAGAACCCGGGGACUUUCCAGCCUUUAACCUAGAGAUGGCCACGUUCAGUUCUUUGACAGUUACUGGUUCUAAUAAACUUUCAUUUUGUAAAUCUGUAAGUUUAGGUAGAUCUAAAAAAUUCAAUACACUGUCUAUAUAGGGCUCACUGGGGGCCCGGGGUUGGGAGUACAGCUCUCGAUAAUAUGUUUCAAAACUCUCUUGAAUUUUCCCUAUUGUACUGUCCACAAGCUUUGUCUUUGGAUUCUUUAUUUUAUGAAUUGUAUUGUCUGCUUGUUGUUUUCGUAAUUUAUAUGCUAAUAAUCUAGCUGAUUUACCUCCUACUUCAUAAUUCUUUUGUCUCAGGUAAAGAAAAUUUCUUUUGAGUUUCCAACGUAUAAAUAUCAUCAAUUUCACUUUGCAAUUUCCUAAUUUCCUGUUUUCGAUUUGAAUUACUUUUGUUGCUAUCUACAACUUGAAGUUGUUUUAAUUUUCCUUGAAGGUCUGCUAAUUUUCGUGCGUUGAUUUUUUUCAUGUGAGUAGUAAUGGAAAUAAUUUUCCCUCUCAGUACAGCUUUCAAUGUAUCCCAUAAAAUUACUGGUGAUGUUUCUCCCGUGUCAUUAAGGUCUAGAUAUUCUUUGAUUUCUCCCCUUAAUCUCUCCAUUACUUUCGGGUUAUUGAGUAUAUGUGAGUUUAGCCUCCAUAGUGUUUUCCUCAUUUUCCUUUCCAGGAUUAGAGACAUAGAGACUGGGCUAUGAUCCGACAGAUCAAUUGUUGCAAUAUUAUAGUUUUUUAUCCUGAGUCUAUCUGUAUUGAAGAUAAAGAAAUAGUCUAUCCUUGAAUAGGCUGAAUGAGGGAAAGAGUAAUAUGUAUAAUCUUUACUAGUAGGGUGUAAUUCCCUCCAGACAUCUAUAAUUCCCAACUCCUCCAUCAAUGAAUUCACUUUCCGAGUCAGAGGUUUAUUCUGAGUAACUAUUCUUGAAGAAUCUAAUAUAGGAUUUAAUCUAAUAUUAAAAUCCCCUCCACAAAUUACUACCCCUCGAGAACUGACCAUUAGGUCAAAAAUGUGUCUAUAAAAUGACCAUUCACUACCUGGAGGAGCAUAAACAUUCAGUAAUGUUAUUUCUGUACCUUCUAUUCUUCCUGUGAUUUUUACAAACCGUCCUUCUUUGGCUCUAGUCUCUGAAAUAUGUUCAUAAUUAAGAGUACUUGAUAUUAAAGUAGCUACCCCUCUUUUGU